AUGUUAUUACUGCUUGUUAUUUUGUAUUUGUUUUUCUUGAAGGAAAGACUUGUGGAAUAUUCGGCAGCACAAAACUAUGCUAAUGGCAAAGGAAAUCUUGAACGUAAAAUCCCUAAAGGAAGUGAGUUCACCGUUGGUGAAAAAUUCCGUGUUCGAGUGGUUCUGAGUAAGGAUCUAGAAAACAAUGCAAAUUUUGAUUUAUUCAAGAACUUUGCUAGAAAUCAUUUUCGAUGCAAUGAGCUUGAUGCGGUUGAUCUAGAAUCGGACGGUCACGGUGGAUCUCGACUUUCACACUUCGAACGACGUCUGUCAAUCGGUGAAGUGAUGUCUCCUAAAGUCGACAUCAUGGCGUCUGUUUCUGGUUUAACUCUCAGCUUCUUCAAAGAUACUGGAUGGUAUGAUGUAAAUAUGUCUAUGGCUGAACCAUGGGAUUGGGGUCGUAAUCAAGGUUGUGAAUUUAUUUUCGAAAGUUGUGGUCGAUUCAUUAAAAGACAAAAGACUGCAUCACCUUGGUGUAAUGAACCAAUUACUAAAAAUUCUGGUAUUCGGUGCAUUCCUCAUAUAAAUGCAUACGGGGUAUGCAAUUUAGUGGAUGUCGGUCACACUCUAAAACCAGAGCAUACACACUUCAAUAACCUACCCGAUGUAGAGCCUUCGAGACAAAAUAGAUUUGGAGGAUUUGAUAUUCAUGCUGAUUACUGUCCAUAUAUGCAUAUGUUCAAUAAUGUUAUGAGUACAACAAUGAAUUCUCACUGUGGAGAUAUUAAUAAUCGGAAGUACCAAGACGUACAUAGCGAUAGUCAAUAUUAUGGAAAGAAGUCACGAUGUUUCAAUUAUGGAACAACCUAUAUGAGUGGAAACCGCAGCUGGUCAUUCUCAGGUUGUUUUCAAGUGAAGUGUACUCUUAGAUUCGAACAUCUAGUUUACUUCCGCAGAGAAUGGCGUGAAUGUCCAAGACAGGGUGGUAUUAUUAAAACAGCUUUAGAAAACACUAGAUAUGAUUGGAUUGAAUGUCCAGACUUUCGUGAUGCAUGCUCUGUUAGAGAAAUAUCAGGAAGAAUACGGAAGAAGAAGAAUAAAGAAAACUAAUUAUAGAAUUGUAGUAAGACGCAUUUCGAAAUGGACGAAAGGACACUAGUUUUAUAUUGUAAUGAAAUUUAUCUCCAUUAAUUUAUCGUUUAAAAAUUACCCAUCAUAUUAAAAGAUUAAUAUUUGAAUGAA